AUGUCGUUAGAUGAUGAACGCAGUAGUAUCAGUGACGUUGAAGAAGAUCAAGCAGUAUCAACACGUCUUGAUGAAGCUGAAGACUGUAGUAAUUCAAAUGUCGUGACAAAGUAUCGUCUCGCAGCUGAGAUUGCGCAAUCCGCUUUACAAGGUGUCUUAUCGCAAUUACAAGCGGGUAAAAAUGUGGUCGACUUGUGUCAAUUUAGUGAUUUAAUCAUUGCUCAACGAUGUGGUGUCAUUUUUAAGCACAAGAAGAUUGAAAAAGGAGUGGCGUUUCCAACGUGUAUUUCAAUUAAUGAAAUCAUUUGUCAUUAUUCCCCUCUAUGUAAUGAAAGUAUAAAGUUAAAAGCUGGGGAUUGGGUGAAAAUUGAUCUGGGAUGUCAUAUUGAUGGCUACAUUGCAGUCGUUGCGCAUACAGCUAUUGUCAUGGAGAAAGUAUCAGAGUCUGAGAUUGAUUCCAAGGAGAAGACAACAAGUGUGACUGCUCCUGCGACUGCUCCUGCUUGUUCGUUUCCAGUAUUAAAUGGAGAAGAAGCAAAUGUAUUUCAAUGUGCACAUGAUGCGAUUGCACUCUGUGCUCGAUUGAUUAAACCUGGUAAUACGAAUUUACAAGUAACGGAAGCACUUGCACGUUUAGAAGAAUCCUAUGGUGUCAAGAGUUUACAAGGUACUUUAAUGCAUCAAUUGAAACGAUUUGUGAUUGAUGGAAAUAAGAUGAUUGCUCAGAAAAUGGAUGUGGAAAAUCGGACCCCCAAGGUGGUUUUUGAACCGAAUGAAGUCUAUACAAUUGAUGUGUGCUACACGACAGGAAGUGAAAAACCAGUCACUAGUGAACGUCGAACAACGGUGUUUAAACGUCAAGUGGAGAAACAAUAUCGAUUGAAAAUGAAAGCAUCGCGGUAUGUGUUUAAAGAGAUUAACAAGAAAUUCCCGACACUACCAUUUACGAUUCGUGCUUUUGACGAUGAAACCCAAGCUCGAAUGGGUGUCGUCGAGUGUGUCAAGCAUGAUCUCUUACAGGCGUAUCCGAUUCUAGAAGCUCGUCCUGGUGAUAAGGUGGUACACUUUAAGGUCACUGUACUACUAUUGCCUAGUGGUACGACCAAGAUCACGGGACUUGCGUUCCCAAGUGACCGUAUUCACUCGGACAAGACUGUGGAUGAGGAGACGGCCAAGAUUCUUGCUUUAUCUUUGAAGAAGAAGAACAAGAAGAAGAAGAAAAAGACCACUGCGUAA